GUAACAAAGAAAGCAUUAAUCUUAUCAGCAACCCACCCACUCUGCAUAACUGAAUAUCUAGGCAGCACACAGAACAUCCGCACUGUGUUUCUCUGCGCAUACAGACAAGUCAGGCAAAUGGAGGGCAUUUACGUGACAAUUCGAACAUCAUUGGCCCCUCUAUCAGGAUCAUACAACAUUCUGUGGGUCUCUCUGAUUGGUUCUCAAUGUGAGUGUCCACCAGUUAGGCCUUUUACAGAUGAUCAGUGUCUCCUUCCUGGUUCGAGCUGCACUGUUCUGGUGAAGCCUGAUGCGGAAAUAGGCUCAGUGGUUCUGGUGCGUUUACGGCUUGAGGCUCGGCCUGGAUUCCCCAAUCACGACUGGCACUGUCUAGAUGUUAAGCUAAAGAUGAGCUCUGAUGACACAGAAGUGGAGUGCUUCCCCUGUAACAGGUGGAUCACAACUGCAGAUGGUGAUGUGGAACUUCGCAGCAAUAAAGUGUGCCUGCUGAAUAGCGAGUCACUGCUUAUACUUCGAGAGCACAGGGCCAGGGAUCUCCAGAAUAAGCAAAAACAUAUCAGAUGGAGGACUUUUGCUGAAGGUGGUCUCCGUUGCAUUGACAUGUCCAAUGUGGAGGCACUGGGUCCCAAUUUGAUUUUUACCCGACAAAGCCCAGGCAACAGUGUGCACUAUCUUAAGGGCUUUCAUGAUAGAAUUGAACCAUGGCGUACCAUGAAAGAAUUGGAGAUGCUACUCAUCCUCAGUGGAAAAGAUAACACAGUUGCAAAAUAUGUUCAGGCUCACUGGAAAGAAGAUGCCUUUUUUGGAUAUCAGUGUCUGAAUGGAUGUAAUCCUCUAAUCAUCAGACGGAUCCACUGUCUUCCACCUAAUCUAGCUGUCACAUCCCAGAUGAUCAAGGAUUUUCUGCCAGAGGGUUCGUCUCUAGAGCAGGAGUUAGAGAGAGGAACUAUAUUUCUCCUGGAUUAUGAGGUACUUGAUCAGAUAUCUGCCAAUGUUAUCAAUGGUAAACAGUCAUACCUAGCUGCGCCGCUGUGCCUCCUGCAUUAUAACCAACAUGGAGAACUGAAGCCUAUUGCUAUCCAGCUGCAGAAAAUUGCUGGGCCUCAAAAUCCGGUCUUCCUGCCUUCUGACUCUGCAUCUGACUGGUUGUUAGCAAAGAUAUGGGUCCAUAACGCAGAUUUCCAAGUUCAUCAGCUGCUCUCCCACUUCCUUCGCACUCACUUAAUAGGAGAAGUGUGCUGCAUCGCCAUGCUUCGGAAACUGCCAGAAAUACACCCUCUGCAUCAGCUUCUGAUGCCUCAUUUAAAGAAUUCUCUUCAGAUCAAUAUCCAGGCUCGAACUUCUCUUCUGGGUCCUGGUGGUGUAUUUGAUAAGGCUGUAGGAUGUGGCCUUGAUGCAUUGCCUCUUCUGCUUGCUCGAGGCAGCGCCCGACUACACUACACUUCACUAUGUGUCCCGGAUGACCUGAAAGACAGAGGACUGGAUAAACUGCCCAACUGUUACUAUGCACAGGAUGCUCUGAGGGUGUGGAAUGCACUUCACAGGUUUGUGGCAGCCUGGGUGGAACUGUAUUACCACGAUGACCAGGAGGUCCAGCGUGACUCAGAACUCCAGAACUGGAUCCAAGAAAUCCACCUUGAGGGUUUUCCACGUUUUACCCACACAGGCUUCCCACAGACAUUUCAGACCAAGGCAGAACUGACUAAGUACAUCACAAUGGUGAUCUUCACAAGUUCAGCAAUGCAUUCAGCUGUCAACUUUUCUCAGUUGGACUUCAGCUUAUGGAUGCCAAACUGCCCGGCUGCCAUGUUACGUCCUCCUCCUCAAGUGAAAGGCUCAGUGACAGAAGAAGAUAUUUUGACAUUCCUUCCUGAUGUUAACACCACUUGCAGAGUGCUCAUUGUGCUGUUCCUGCUGUCACAACCGUCUGUUGACUCUGUGCCCUUGUGCCAGUACAGAGAGUGGUACUUCAGCAGUGGUGCGCCUAACAAGCUUGUCAAAAUGGUGCAGAAAGACCUGAGGGACAUCGCUCAUGACAUCCGUAAGAGGAACAGCAAACUGGAGCUUGCUUACCCCUAUCUCCAGCCAGAUAACAUUGAAAACAGCGUGGCUAUCUAAAAAUCUAAUCAGCAUCAUUCAGAAUAUAACAAACCAAAUUACACAAUAAGCAUAAUGAGAUUACAUUAUGCACCAUGCAUCUAUUUUUUACAAUAGAUCAUUUGACAGCUUUAUGAAUAUUUAAAAGAUUAAAGAUUUUGCAUAGG